AUGGGACAAAGACGAGGAAUACACGCAUGGUGGGUGGCAUUUCGUUUUUCUGUGAUGCUGAGCUGCGUAAUGCGGGUUUCAGCUCAGAUCAAAUAUUCUGUUCCAGAGGAAGUGAAGGUUGGAUCUAUUGUUGGAAAUGUCGCAAAGGAUCUAGGACUCGACAUCACUUCAUUGGAUGAAAGACGCUUUCGUAUCGUCUCCGGAACAGAAGAUUCUCAGUUUGAAGUACAUCAGAACAAUGGCGUGUUGUACGUGCGUAAAAGCAUCGACCGGGAGGAGCUCUGUGAAAGCGCUUCGCCGUGUGUAGUAAACCUGAAAAUGGUCGCUGAGAAUCCUAUGGAAAUACAUUAUGUGGCAGUGGAAAUCGUUGAUGUAAACGAUCAUACACCAAGUUUUCAGGAGGAAGAACAUGUAUUAGAAAUUUCUGAGUCUACUGUUCCCGGUAAACGCUUCCAAUUACCAACAGCGCACGACCCAGAUGUUGGCAUCAAUACAGUUCGUGUGUAUAAAUUAAACCAUAACGAUUUUUUUAAUAUACAAAUAAGAGAGAGAGGAGAUGACAAGAUACCAUUCUUAGUUUUACAAAAAUCUCUAGAUCGAGAAAAACACAAUGAGCACAAACUGAUAUUGACAGCGGUUGAUGGUGGAAAUCCACCGAGAUCAGGGACUCUUAAUGUCACAGUCGUCGUCCUCGAUUCAAAUGAUAAUCAUCCUAUAUUUAGCCAAGAAGUGUAUUCAGUAACAAUACCUGAAAAUGUCAAAGCUGAAACAAGUGUAAUUACAGUAACAGCAACUGAUCUGGAUGAAGGUGCAAAUGGAGAUAUUGAAUAUGUGUUUGGUGGUAAAAUUGACCGGAAAAUAUACGACAUGUUUAUCUUAGAUAGAGACACUGGGGAAAUCCGAGUAAAAGGUGACAUUGACUUUGAGCAGAUUGACGUUUUUAAGUUAGACGUCCAUGCCACUGACAAAGGACAACCUCCAAUGAGCACUGAUUGCAGAGUGAUAAUAAAAGUUCUGGACGAAAAUGACAACAAACCUGAGAUAGAGGUGACGUCGCUGUCAAAGAUGGUAUCUGAAGACUCAAAACCCGGGACGGUGGUUUCUCUUAUUAGUAUUUCUGACAGAGACGCUGGUUUAAACGGAAAAGUAAUAUGUAGUCUUUCAGAUAAUGUGUCAUUCGAAUUAAAACCGUCAUUUCAAGAUAAUAUGUACUCGUUAGUUUUGAAAAAUCGCUUGGAUCGAGAAAAGGUGUCACAUUAUGACAUUGAACUAACUGCGACAGACUGUGGGCAGCCCCCUCUGUCUACAUUCAAAACUCUGAGUAUUGAUGUAUCAGACGUGAAUGAUAACAACCCAGAGUUUCUGCAGAAUCCAAUCGAACUUUAUCUGGUGGAAAAUAACGUGCCAGGAAAUAUUAUAUUUUCUGUGACAGCUUCGGAUAAAGACUUGAAUGAAAACGCAGCUUUAACUUAUCAUAUUGUGAGAGAGGAAGUUAGUCAAGUUAAAAAUGCAGCAUUUUUAAGUAUCAACUCAGAUAAUGGACAAAUAUCAGCGCUAAAAAGUUUCGACUUUGAAACGGUGAAAACUUUCAAGUUCCACAUUGUAGCGUCAGAUUCUGGAACUCCGUCACUGAGCAGCAACGUCACAGUGAACGUGUUCAUUCUGGAUCAGAACGACAACGCUCCAGUCAUCCUG